AUGGAAAACGAAGCCUACGGCCCCCGGUGCCCACGCAGCGCUUUCAGGUACGAUGUUCUCUUCUGCUGGCUCACCAGCACGAUGCGGAGAGCCAAAGGGAGAGUGGUGCAGACGACGGAUCUGUGCUCACCGCCCGACGCAGAUUUGAUUGCGGAGAUGCUGCCUGACCACGUGCUGAUGGUGAGAGACGUACUGCGGCGGGAGAGGUGCUCACUACUGCAGGCUGGAGUAGCCAUGCUGGUCUACUCCAUUUGUCAAACCGCUCUCCCAAUCAUCAUGCUGAUGGUUAUCCGCUGUGUGGAGACUGAUGACACUGGUGAGCUCCAGUGGCUGAGUGAAUGGACGACUGUAGACUCCAUGGUCUACUGGAUUCUGGCAUACGCUGUCUUCCAAGCGGGCGCAGCAGUCGCCAACCACUGGCAGCUUCACGCUGCGUUUCAUGUAGGCCAACGUGUGCGCGCCCAGCUGAUCAUGCUUGUUUUCCAGAAGGCUCUCCGAGUGGAUCCUCAGAGAAGGCGGGCCGAGAUGUGUGAGCGGCUGCAGAGAAAGGUGCUGCAGGCAGUGGCUCAGGAGUUUCCGCAUGAUCCACAAGAGGCCCUGUCAACGUCACGUUGGCUAUCGCUUCAGAUCGUUCUGGCCGGCGCUGUUCUCGUGUCCACGAUCUCAGCCAGCGCGCUGUGCGGCAUUCUGGUUCUCAUCGCCGUGGUUCCUAUCUCCAAAAACGUAGGUCUCGGCAGCGGCAUCUUCAGUUCACGGAUCAGCGAGCCUUACCUGGAGCGUGUCUUCCAGAAGCGCCAAGAGGAGCUGUAUUGGGCCAUGCGAGAGUCGUUGGUUUACGGAGUGUCCAUGCUGGUAACGGUGUUGGCGCCGACAUUCGCCUUCGCAACCACACUUGUGGCUUUUGCCCUACUGGGCGAGGGCUCGUUUUCUGCUACCCGCCUUUUUGGCACGUUGGCACUGCUAAAUGCGCUUCGAUUUCCAAUCAUGGACUUGGGUUCCAUGCUCGCGUCUAUUGUGGCUCUUCACACGGGCUGGCAGCGCAUCCAGCACUUUCUAGACCUCGCCGAGGCUGGCAUUCCGGUGGCCAGGCUCGAAGACGAUGUGGAGUUGAAGAUGGAGAGAUGUACGUUUUCUUGCAACGUUGAUGGGGAGGAAUGCUUUCAGCUGUCUCUCGACGCGACACUGACACUGAAGCGUGGCGAUCUUUGUCUGGUUCUAGGCAAAGUUGGCAGUGGCAAAUCCACCUUGCUUCAAGGCAUCCUGGGGGAAAAUCGCUGUUCGUCGGGUCUUCUGUCCGUGAGCCAUGGUAUUGCUUACUGCGCCCAGCAGCCAUGGAUUCGCAACGAGACCCUGAUGGAGAACAUCCUCUUUGGGGAGGAGCUGGACUCGGAAUGGUACGACCAGGUUCUCGCCGCCUGUGGCCUGGGUCCAGACUUGAAGCAGCUGCCAUACGGAGACCAGACUGAAAUCGGAGAGAGGGGUGUGACCAUCAGUGGUGGUCAAAAGCAGCGAGUCGCACUAGCUCGUGCUGUCUAUCAGCGCAAAUGCUCGAUGGUAAUUCUGGAUGAUGUUUUUUCAGCUCUGGAUGCACACACAUCAAGCCACAUCAUCAAGGCUCUUUUCCAUGGACAGAAGGGGCUCCUGCGGGAUCGGGCUGUUCUUUUGGCAUCGCAUCAAACAGCCUGCGCUUUGCAAGCCCAGCGAGUUCUGCUGCUAGGCCAGAAGGAUGCCUCCGUACCGCACUCCUCGCUUCUCUUUGAUGGAGAUUGGCUGGAUCUCUGCAAAGAGCCACACCUACUGUCGCUGCUUGGCCAUGUUCCCUCCUCGGAUGAUACGGUGACCAAGGAGGACAAGCAAUCACAGGAGGAGGAAGAGAAUGAGGAUGCGGAGGAGGCGCAACACAGGUCCGCAGCGGCGCUGGUCACAGCUCAGACUCCGAUGCCGAAGAGCAUGAUGAGAUCAGAGGAGCACACUGACAGGAUAUCCUGGCGUUCUGUCAAGGCUUACUGCCGAUGCUGUGGAGGCUUCCCUUGGGUUGCCUCCUUCUUCGCCAGCUCUGUUCUCGAGCGGAUUGCGCUGAUCUUCCUGGAUUGGUGGCUGGCCAGGUGGGCUGAAGAGGACUCUGCAGAUGAGAGGUCCAUGUACUUUGCAGUGUACUUUGCCACGGUGCUGCUGGUGAUUGUUUUCGUGUCCUUCGGGCGUCUCGCGUUCGCCGUGGCAACGGUUAACGCAGGGCGCCGACUCUUUAAGCAGCUAGCCUUGAGCGUGCUUCGGGCGCCCAUGUGGUGGUGGGACACAACCCCUCUGGGGAGGGUCCUGAAUCGCUUCAGUUUCGACACGGAGAACACGGACACCACCCUAGUCACCAAGCUCUUCCCGGCUCUACAGUCCAUGAGCUGGUGCUGGCCUUACUUAUACCAUUGUAUACCAUGCUGUACCUCAUUGCCAUUUACUCUUAAUUGUCUUAGAUUUGUGCCAAGGCCUUUGGCCUCCAGCUGGAGUAAUCCUUUCCUUCACUCCUUUUUCUUGCUUCACCUGCUUCGAUAG